UUCGUCUAUCGCACAACGUCCGUUCUCGAUUAGCGGCCGCCUAGAUGCGUGAAAAAGUCAGAGAAUCGCCUGAAAGCUCGGGGAUUACUCGAAUUUAUCGAAACUUCGUGACGGUGGCGGACGGCUGUGACACAAUGGCUCUGCGACUGUGAAAACGUGGCGGCUAAGUUACCGUGUGUCUCGCGAAAGUGGAAAAAAUCGUACAAAAUCGAGAACACGCGUUCUUCCGAUCGUAAUACAACUCGUAAAUAAUAUUCAAUGAAAUUUUUGCGAAAGGCUGCGACUUAGUUCAUGGGCUUACGUUCCGGUCUCACGGGUGUCGCCAGGGAGUUUUGUGAGCAAAUGCGAAAGACUGUGAUAUCGUUUCCCGAUACGUCCUUAAAUUGAUUUCCUCGUUUGCAUAAUUAAUAAAGCACCGACGAACUUCUCCCAUGAUAUACGUUCGUCAUUGCUAGAUGACUUACAAAAUAACAGCGUGAAAACUGCUCGUUGCUUCUCUGUUUUUCAUUCCUUGUUACUCGCACCACGCGGAUUCUGUUCUAAUCAAUUGUCUCGUCUCCAUAAUCUCGCCGUCAUGGAUAUGCGAAGAAUGUCGAAUUGGAAUGUCCUGAGCGUGGAGGCUGCGAUGCAACAACUCAACGCCUUUGAGGGAGACGAUUCCGAGAAGAUAAUAAGGCGCCCCAAUACGACGAUAGAGAAGCUGCCGGACAAAGUUCUUCUGAAUGUAUUUUGCUACCUCUCGCAUCGCGAGAUAUGCAGGGUCGCUCGCGUUUGCAAACGCUGGCGACAAAUUGCGUACGACACGCGCCUAUGGAAGCACGUGUCUCUAAGACCAGAAGUAAGCGGACUCCACGUGAGCUCUCUGGAAAAUUUGUUACAUCUAAUUAGCGUACGCUUUGGACCUUCGUUGAGGUACAUCGAAUUGCCGAUCGAACUGAUCACUCAUACGGUUCUUCAUGAAUUAGCCAACAAGUGUCCGAAUUUAACGCACAUGCUAUUGGACUUUUCGACCGCGAUGCAACUGCACGACUUCUCGGAAAUGCAAGCGUUCCCUACGAAAUUGAAAUACAUGUGCAUCUGCUUGUCGGAGGUGAUCUUCAUGGAAGGAUUCAUGCGUAAGAUCUACAACUUCAUCAAUGGACUGGAAAUACUUCAUUUAAUCGGAACAUACGAAAAGAUCGAAGAGGAAGAAGAGGAAAUUUACGAAGUGAUCAACGUGCACAAGCUGAAGUCGGCGACCCCGAAUUUGAGGGUGAUCAAUUUGUACGGAAUAAAUUUCGUGGAUGAUUCGCAUAUCGACGCUUUCUCCUCUAAUUGUAUCCAAUUAGAAUGCCUAGCCGUAAAUUACUGUGCCAAAGUCACUGGUUCGACCAUGAAGACCCUCUUCCAAAGGAGCAGGAGACUGACGUGCCUUCUCAUGCAAGGAACAAAUCUGCUUAGCGAGUACGUAAUGCAAGUUGAAUGGGAGAAGUCGAGCGUACUGGAGCUCGACAUUACUGCUACCGAUCUGUCGACGGAAUGCCUGAUAGACAUGCUGACCAGAAUCCCCGGGCUGCGCUUCCUGAGCGCCGGUCAACUGAACAGUUUCAACGACAACGUGCUGAAGGCCUGGACCGAGCUAGGGAACACGCGGAACUUGAUAGCCCUGGACCUUGAUCGCUCCGAUAAUCUGAGCGAUGACGCCCUGCACAAGUUUCUGUCGAGGCACGGCCAUCAGCUGUAUGGUCUCGCGUUGUCAGGCAUGACGCACAUUACCGAUCAGCUUUGGCAAAGCGUGCUACCAAUUCUCACUAAUGCAAGAAUCCUCGUGAUGGGCACUCAAGAGAGGCUAGGCGUCAAUAUUCACGUGGAUCAAUUGAUGGAUGGAAUCGCGAACAACUGUCCCAACCUGGAGAGACUGGAGUUGCGGUGGGACCCGGAAAACUUGCGAUUUUCGGACAAGAGUCAGAAAGCCAUCGAUAUUCUACGUGUCAAGUGCAUCAAGUUGAAAUGUUUAAGUCUAAGUGACGGAAGAUACUAUGAAAUUGUCACAGCGAAUUUCGAGCGAGCCGACAGACUCACAGUUGUAAGAACGAUCACUUGUUGCAGAGUGUCGAAUUACUACCUUUUGCAAAAUUAUAAGGAUCUAAUUUUCAAUUGAGACACGUUGACGGUAGGUUUUCAGAUUAAUUUACGUCAUCGCGUUGACACGAAAGAGUGCCUUAAAAAUAAAGCGACAAAGAUAAUAUAUAUUUAUAUAUAAAAUACGACAGUAUUAUAUGUAAACUAGCGUAACAAGAAGCCAAGAUUGUACCGGAAAAUAAAUUGCAUAAUUUAAUAUC